AUGAGGAGCCCUGUGUGGAGCCUGGUUGUGCUGGUGCUGGGGUUCAUGUCCAGCCCUGUGAAGGCCGACUGCCAGGGGGAGUGUGUGGCCUGUGGGAUCCUCCUACAGGAACAGCAGAUGGAGCAAGCCUUUAACACUAUGGUGUGCUUAUUGGAGUGUGAAGGUCACGUCUCCUCUUCGCUCACGUGGGAGGUCUGUAAACGCGCCGUGCCUCUGUCCCAGCAAACAACCUUCUCCAACACCCCUCUGCUCUUCAAAAGAACGGGCGAGGAACUGACCCCCCAGGACCUCCACUCGGACGCAGAGGAACCCCAGUACGACUCUGUCCUCACGGAGUCCACAGAGGAGAGGGAGAGCAGAGAUGCGGAGGAAGAGGAGAGCCCGCUAGCACCCAAUGACGAGGAAGAUAAUGCUUCCAGGGCUGUGUCCAAGCGCUUCGGGGGCUUCCAGCGGGGUCGUCACGGUUACAGGAGAAUCUUCAGCACCCCCAUCAGGCCGCUGCAGAAACGAUACGGGGGCUUUAUUGGCGUGAGAAAGUCUGCGAGAAAAUGGAACAGUCAGAAGAGAGUGAACCAGCUCCUGAGGCAGUACUUGGGCAUGAGGAGCAGCCGUAGCGGUCGCCCAGUCACCCGUGUGUGGAGAGAAGAGGACGAAUCUGCCCCCCUUCUGUAA